AGUUCUGUCCAGGAUGCACACGAUGAGGCAAAGUUGGAGAAGAAGGCGGUCCAAAGGCCAAGCAAACCCUCGAGAAGAUUCUUUUGCUGCGACCAAGCAAUACGGAAUGCUCCAAAAAUCUCGAGAUGCAAGAAAGAAGCUUCGGGAAAUCACCGUCUCCUUCCAUGAGCACCUUCUAGUUCUCUCUGCAACCUCUCCGAUUCCCUUAUAAAUUGGGCCGAUGCACUUGUGGUCAACAAUCGCUCGAUCAAACCCCAAGAUUCGCGAGCGCGCUCUCUAAUCUCCAUUUGCAGACGCAGAAACCAAUUCCGCAUCACCAAGAAGGGGAAAAGCAAAAGCUGUAGGAAAAUGGAUGUGGUGAUGGUGGAGCAGCCGCUGCUGUCGACGCUCAACCAGCUGAUGAGCGUGCCGGAGGAGAUGGAGAAGCUGCUGAAUGCGCCCACCCGCAGCUACGUGCGCGACACCAAGGCGAUGGCCUCCACGCCUGCCGACGUCAAGGAGUACCCUUCCUCCUAUGUCUUCGUCCUCGACAUGCCGGGGCUCAAAUCCGGCGACAUCAGGGUCCAGAUCGAGGAGGGGAAUGUUCUCAGCAUCAGCGGCGAGAGGAAGAGGGAGGAGCAACAGCAAAAACACAAGGAGAAGGAGAAGGAUGAGGCGGAGGUGAAGUACUUGAGGAUGGAGCGGAGGGUGGGGAAGUUCAUGAGGAAAUUCAACCUGCCCAAGAACGCCAACGUUGAUGCCAUUUCGGCUGAGUAUCGAGACGGCGUGCUCACCGUGACGGUGCAGAAGGUGCCGCGUCCUGAGCCCAAGAAACCCAAGACCAUCGAGGUCAAGGUGGCUUGAGAAAUAGUGCUUCUCUGUGGUUUCUGUUUCUGCUCUGUUUUCUGGCCUUGAUAAACUAGUUGUGUUGGUUGUUCGUGUCAUGCCUCUACUGUAUCUCCUUCUGUCAUCUUUUUCGUUUCCAUCAGGACUUGAGGUGACUUGAUAUGGGAGUCGAUCUGUAACGAAACCCUCUGAAUGUAAGCGAGUUUCCUACUGUAUAUACUAUGGCUAUGCUUCCA